AUGUUUGGCUUCCUCUACCCCCGCCCAAAACACCCAAAACACCCUCCCCUCUCCCCAGACAUCUCAGCCAGCGAAACCCUCCUCCCCGCCUCCCCAACCCUAAAACCCACCCCCUCAACCCACCCCCUGCGCAUCGCGACAAAAACGCUCAUCCUAUGCAGCAUUAUCUACCUCAGCGCGGGCCUAUGGGUCGGACUCCGCGCCCGAAGCACCACAUGCGUAAACUCCCCAGACGUUGAUGAACUGUGCAUGCGUCAUGUUUCGGUGUACUCGCCGAUAGUGCGAGACGUCCCCCCGGGGUGGCACACGCAGCGCUUCAACGGGACGUUUCUGCACGAGAAUGCGUAUCGGGGGGCAGCGGGGCCUGGGGUGGAUGCAGCGUGGGGUGCGUUGGGUGUUGAUUAUAGGAGUGUAGUCAUUCCCGAGAGCGAGGCGGAGAAGACGGGGCUGCGGGGCGAUCAGGUGAAGAUUAGCCGCGAGUACGGCGGUGGGUUCCCGGCGAAUGUGGAGGGACUGCAUCACUUGCAUUGUCUUGAUCUGCUGCGCAAGACGCUGCAUUGGAAUUACGAUUACUAUCUAGCGAGGAAAGAGGGCCCGUUUGUGAACAGCGAGUAUAUCGUGCGUAUUCAUACGACGCACUGUCUGGAUAUGUUGCGGCAGGUGUUGAUGUGUAAUCCGGAUGUGGGCGUGCUGGGCCAGGUGUGGUGGAAGCCGGAGGGCGAGGCUGAUCCGAUGCCGUUUGUUGACUUUAAUACACGGCAUCGAUGCCGUGACUUUGAGGGCGUCAGGGCUUGGGCGGAAGCGCACCAGCUGCGGCCGGAGACUGAGGUUGAUAUGGGCCGCUUCUACGAGAUGCCCAAGCCAGGGGACACGGUGUAUUCUGCGAUUCCUUGA